AUGGGGUAUCUGAACUCAGUCCUGUCCCAAUCAAGCCAAGUCCAUGCUGAUGAUGCCCCAGUUAGCGGCGGUGGCCUCAGUCAGAAUGGGAAGUUCAGCUAUGGAUAUGCAAGCUCUCCUGGUAAAAGGUCUUCAAUGGAGGAUUUCUACGAGACAAGGAUUGACGGUGUAGAUGGAGAAGUAGUUGGUCUCUUUGGGGUCUUUGAUGGCCAUGGGGGUGCUCGGGCCGCUGAAUAUGUUAAACAAAACCUUUUCAGUAAUCUGAUCAGGCACCCAAAAUUCAUUUCUGACACUAAAUCAGCUAUAGCUGAUGCAUACAGCCAUACCGACUCGGAAUUUCUGAAAUCAGAGAACACUCAGAAUCGAGAUGCUGGAUCAACUGCUUCCACUGCUAUCCUUGUUGGGGACCGUUUGUUGGUUGCAAAUGUCGGGGACUCCCGAGCUGUUAUAUGCAGGGGUGGUAAUGCUGUUGCUGUUUCUCGGGAUCACAAGCCAGACCAAACUGAUGAGCGUCAACGUAUUGAAGAUGCUGGAGGUUUUGUGAUGUGGGCAGGAACUUGGAGAGUUGGAGGAGUGCUUGCUGUAUCUCGUGCUUUUGGUGAUAGGCUGUUGAAGCAGUUUGUGGUUGCUGAUCCAGAAAUUCAGGAGGAAAAGGUUGACAAUACCCUAGAGUUUCUUAUUCUUGCGAGCGAUGGACUUUGGGAUGUGGUGACUAAUGAGGAAGCCGUCUCCAUGGUUAAGCCAAUCCAAGAACCAGAAGAAGCAGCUAAAAGGCUAAUGCAGGAAGCUUAUCAGAGAGGAAGCGCGGAUAACAUCACUACUGUCGUCGUCCGGUUCUUGGCUAAUGAAGAGGGAUCCUCAAAUAGUGGCUCGGGCUAA